ACUCUCGAACAAGUGUUUUUGUAGCACGAACUUCUUCAGACCAUUGAGCUGAUUUCUGAUUUGCAGUUCCAUUCUUGCUAAAUUGAAUUGGGGAAGAACGUACCUGGUAUCUGGAAGUCUACGCCAAGAAGAGUAAUUGAUCAAACAAGAAGUGAUUUGAUGGCUGAGGAGAUCACUUCCAAUAGUUACGAAGAGGCUCGUAAGCAACAACUACUUGAGAACAAAAAGAGAUUCGAGGAUCUGGGAAUCUUGAAGAUUUCUAAAAGCUUAUCAGAUCUUUCAAAAUCUGAGAAGCAGUCCAAGCAACGUGAAGUGAAACCAAAAAUAAGGAAUGCUUUAGUUAUAGAACCAAGACGGUCAACGCGUGCACGCAACCCUGCUCCUUCGUACCAAGAUGAUCUUGAUAUAGGUCUCCCAUCUGUGAGGAGGAGAUCAAAUUCUAACUCAUCAUGGGCAAGUUAUCUUGCAAGACCGUUGGAAGAAGUCAAAACUGCCUCAUACGAAGAAAGGGUUCAGGCAAUUAGGAGUGCAGAGAAGGUCCAAAGCAAUUUGCAGUCUGAAUAUCCCUCUUUUGUGAAGUCAAUGGUUCGUUCUCAUGUUUACAGUUGCUUUUGGUUGGGGCUACCUACGAGCUUCUGCAAGAAACAUCUUCCCAAGUCCACUGUAAGUAUGGUACUGGAAAAUGAGGACGGCAAUGAAUAUGAUGCUGUAUUUAUUAGUGAAAGAACUGGACUUAGUGGUGGGUGGAGAGCAUUUGCCUUAGAACACAAAUUGGACGAUGGUGAUGCUUUGGUGUUUGAAUUGGUUGAGCCAACCAGAUUCAAGAUUUACAUAGUUAAAGCAGCAUCAGAUGAUAAUAUGUCUAAUGUUGAAAAAGAAGCUGCUGAAACCAAAGAGACUUCAUCAGCAUCAAAAAAGCGAAAAAAGACACUUGACAGCUCAGCAGAAAACGGGAAGAAGCUGAAAGAUGUCGAGGAAGAAGCUGCUGAAACCAAAGAAACUUCAACAGCAUCAAAAAAGCGAAAAAAGACACUUGACAGCUCAGCAGAAAACGGGAAAGAAGCUGCUGAAACCAAAGAGAUUUCAACGGCACCAAAGAGGCGAAAAGCGACACUUGAAAGCUCAACGGAAAAAAAGGGGGAAAAGCCAAAAGCAGGCAGCCAUCAAACCAAGAAACCGAAGGAAAAUGUGACCGCUACACGGCGUUCUACCAGAAAACGAAAUGGACAGUGAAUCCGAAAGAAGGCGGAAAACCGAUCCUUUUUGAUUGAUGGAAGAGGUUUUUAAGCAUUUUUGAUAGUCUCCAUCUUGUAGAUGCUGUCAUGAAGGUUGAAACAAGAAUUCAUGGCGCUUAGCUAUUUGGUUAGUAUUACAAAUUAUAGCAAGUAUUACGUUUUUCGUCCCUGUGGAUUGUCGAAAAUUGCUAUUUUCGUCCCUAUACUUUUAAAAUUACCA